AUGCCCGUCGCGACGCGCGACGCCGAUGCUCCCACCGGCACCGCGCACAUGGCGACGACAACCCUCAAAGUCGAAGGAAUGACCUGCGGCGCCUGCACCUCGGCCGUCGAGGGCGGCUUCAGCGACGUCGACGGCGUGGGCAGCGUUUCCGUCAGCCUGGUCAUGGAGCGCGCCGUCGUGCAGCACGACCCCACGAAGCUCUCGGCCGACAAGGUCCGCGAAAUCAUCGAGGACCGCGGCUUCGACGCCGAAGUCCUGUCGUCGGACCUGCCGCAGACGACCAAUGAGGCGUUGCUGGACGACGCCGAAGACGAGGGCGCGCGCGACGGCCUUCUUACCACAACCGUGGCCGUGGGAGGCAUGACGUGUGGCGCGUGUACAUCCGCCGUCGAGGGCGCCUUCAAGGGCGUAGCCGGCGUUAAGUCGUUCAGCAUCUCGCUCCUCUCGGAACGCGCGGUAAUUGAGCACGACCCCAGCAUGCUGGGCCCCGAGAAGAUCGCCGAAAUGAUCGAGGACACUGGCUUUGACGCAAAGGUUGUCGAUUCAACCAAGGCUCUAGCGCAUUCCUCGGCCAAGGGUUCCCAGGCGCAAGCCAAGCGCAAGUCCGUCCUCACCACCACCGUCGCCAUUGAUGGCAUGACCUGCGGCGCCUGCACGUCUGCCAUAGAAAACGGCUUUAAGGGCCUCGACGGCGUGCUGCAGUUCAACAUUAGUCUCCUCGCCGAACGCGCCGUCAUCACUCACGACCCCAAGAAACUUUCUCCCGAGCAGGUGUUGGAAACGAUUGAAGAGCGCGGAUUUGAUGUCAAGAUCCUGUCUACCGUAGACGCGGUGCAGUCGACUUCUUCCAACUGUACGGUGCACCUUAAAAUUUAUGGCAUUCCCGAUGUCGAGGCGGCCGUGGAGCUGGAAUCCACCCUUAGGACUCUUCCGGGCGUGUCUUCCGUUCACGUCAACUAUGCCACCACUCGCGCCGUCGUCACCCACAAGCCCUCGAGCACCGGCUUGCGCUCCAUUGUUGAGAUUAUCGAAGCCACUGGCUACAAUGCGCUCGUGGCGGACGCAGACGACAAUAAUGCGCAGCUUGAGUCACUCUCCAAGACAAAGGAGAUUCAAGAAUGGCGCAGAGCCUUCCGCGUUUCUUUGAGUUUUGCAGUCCCCGUUUUUAUGACUAGCAUGUUUUUCCCCAUGUUUAUUCCUGCCUUGAACUACGGAGGCAUACAUUUGGGCAUGGGCUUGUGGCUGGGCGAUGUUGUCUGCCUGGCUCUGACCAUUCCCGUGCAAUUCGGCAUCGGCCGCCGGUUUUACAAGUCUGCCUGGAAAUCCCUCAAGCAUGGCUCGCCAACCAUGGACGUUUUGGUUGUUCUUGGUACUUCGGCAGCUUUCUUCUUUAGCGUUGCAUCCAUGAUCGUCUCGAUACUCGUCCCGCCGCAUUCGAAGCCCAGCACCGUCUUUGACACCAGCACCAUGCUGAUCACGUUUAUCACCCUCGGCCGGUACCUGGAAAACAGCGCCAAGGGACAGACCUCCAAGGCCCUCUCGCGACUCAUGUCCCUCGCUCCGUCAAUGGCGACAAUCUACGUCGACCCGCUCGCUGCGGCCAAGGCGGCCGAGGACUGGGAUAGCGGCGAGGAGAAGAAGGGCGAGGGCAGCCCGGCUGGCAAUGCGGCGGAGGAAAGAAUCAUUCCAACGGAGCUCAUCGAGGUUGGUGAUAUCGUCAUCCUCAAGCCCGGCGACAAGAUUCCCGCAGACGGCACCGUUAUUCGCGGAGAAAGCUACAUUGACGAGAGCAUGGUCACCGGUGAGGCCAUGCCCAUUCUCAAGAAGAAGGACCAUGUGCUCAUGGCGGGUACCGUCAACGGCGCGGGCCGGCUCGACUUUAUCGUCACGCGUGCGGGCCGCGAUACCCAGCUGUCACAGAUUGUCAAGCUUGUCCAGGAAGCGCAGACGUCUCGCGCGCCUAUUCAGCGGCUCGCUGAUCUCGUUGCUGGUUACUUUGUCCCGGUCAUCAUCACCCUCGGUCUGUCCACAUUCGUCGCCUGGAUGGUCCUCAGUCACAUUCUCCCUCACCCGCCUGGAAUCUUCCUCAACCACGCGAGUGGUGGCACUCUGAUGGUCUGUGUGAAGCUGUGCAUUUCCGUCAUCGUUUUCGCUUGUCCCUGCGCGCUCGGCCUCAGCACGCCCACGGCCGUCAUGGUCGGAACCGGCGUUGGCGCUGAGCAAGGCAUCCUGGUCAAGGGCGGAGCCGCGCUCGAGACAGCAACAAAAGUUACGCACGUCGUGCUGGACAAGACUGGAACCCUGACCGUGGGCAAGAUGAGCGUGUCCGAUGCGGAUAUCCGCGGAGGCUGGACCAACUCGCAACCGAAGGAACGUCUGUGGUGGACGCUGAUUGGUCUCGCCGAGAUGAACAGCGAGCACCCUAUUGCGCGCGCCAUCGUCUCGGCCGCAAAGGAUAAUAUCGGACUCGGCGCCGAAGGUGCGCUUGACGGCAGCGUCGGAGAUUUCGAGGCCAUAGUCGGCAAGGGCAUCUCGGCCAACGUCGAAGCGGCCAUCUCACCCGAGCAGAAGCGCUACGCCGUCGCCAUUGGCAACGCCGACUUCCUCCGCUCGCGCGGCAUCGAGGUGCCCGUGUCGGCGGAGGAGGUGGCCAAUGCGGCGGAGCCCGACACGGACGACUUCGGCCUGGGCUCGACGGGCACGACGCAGAUCCACACGGCCGUCGACGGCACGUACACGGGGACGCUGUCGCUGGCGGACACGCUCAAGCCGUCGGCGCGGGCGACGAUCCGCGCCCUGGCGCGCAUGGGCAUCUCGACGUCGAUCGUGACGGGCGACCAGCUCGCGCCGGCGCUGGCCGUGGCCAAGGCCGUGGGCGUGGCGGCCGCCAACGUGCACGCGGGCGCCACGCCCUCGACCAAGCAGAGCAUCAUCGAGGAGCUGCAGCGGCCGGCAGCCCAAGGCGGCGCCGGGCACGUGGUGGCGAUGGUAGGCGAUGGCAUCAACGACUCGCCGGCGCUGGCGACAGCAGCCGUGGGCAUCUCGCUGGCGUCAGGGACCGACAUUGCCAUGGAAGCCGCAACGGUGGUGCUCAUGACGCCCAACGACCUGCUGGCCAUCCCCGCGUCGCUGCACCUCAGCCGCACCAUCUUCGCCCGCAUCAAGCUCAACCUGCUCUGGGCGUGCGGCUACAACAUCAUCGGCCUGCCGUUCGCGAUGGGCUUUUUCCUGCCGUGGGGCCUGACGCUGCCGCCUAUGGCCGCCGGCGCCGCCAUGGCGUGCAGCAGUGUCAGCGUGGUGGCGAGCUCGUUGGCGCUGCGCUGGUGGCGCCGGCCGGGAUGGAUGAGCCUUGAGAAGCUGGAUCCGGCGGCCGCGGCUGUGGAGACCGGCCAGGGUGCAAGUGUGGGUGUUGUGAGGAGGGUGGUGCGUGCGCUGAGGGGGCUGUGGAGGGAGCGCAGGCGGGAAAGAGAGGAGGCGGGCUAUGCGCCUGUGCCGUUGGGCGAUAUGGCGGAGCCGUGA